UUACAACGAUCCGGGUCCUAUAAAUUGCGCUCUAGGGUUUCUGUGUCACCUGGCUCCAUCGCUUCUAGGGUUUCGAGGCAUCGCUUCUUUGCCCUCUCUAUCUCUCUCUCUCUAGGGUUUUGAUCUCUCUACGAGAGAAAGCGGGAUUUGAUCGAGAGGAUGCCGCCUAAAUCGGCGAGAAAGGGGUCUGGAUGGUCCGCGGGGCCGAGGAGGACGGGGUCGAGGGCGGCGAAGGCGAAGGCGCUGAGGGAGGCGGAGGCGGCGGAGGAACCCCCCAAGUUCGAGGAAGUGGCGGCGCCGGUCAUCGAGGCGAAGGAAGAGGAGAUAAAGGCGGAGGAGGUCGUCCAGGAUGAUAAGCCCUCGGUGACGGAUUCGGCGGUCAAUGGCUCCGUCGAUGUAGAAUAUGAGGAAGACGUUAAAGAAGCUUACGAGGAUGAAGGCGAACGGUUAGAGUUGGAGGACAACGAACCGGAAUAUGAACAUGAAGAAGAUGCUGCUGUAGACUAUGAUGAGAAGGAUUUAGACCAUGAUGAAGGACAGGAGGAAUAUGAAGGAGAUGUGGUUGAAGAGGAAGAUCCUGAGAUGGUGGAUGAGAUGGAAGAUGGUGAAGGUGUGGAGGUUGAGGAAGAUGAUGAAAAUGCUGAGGAGGAACCUGAGGUUGAUCCGGAGGAGGAAGAGCACCAUGAAAUAGUAAAGGAGCACCGCAAGCGCAAGGAGUAUGAAGUGUUUGUGGGUGGUCUGGAUAGGGAUGCAACUGAAGAAGAUCUUAGGAAAGUAUUUGGUGAAGUCGGGGAGAUUACUGAAGUUCGCCUAAUGAUGAAUCCCAUUACAAAGAAGAAUAAAGGCUUUGCCUUCUUGCGCUUUGCAACUGUAGAGCAAGCAAAACGUGCAGUUUCAGAGAUUAGGAAUCCAGUGGUGCGGGGUAAGCAGUGUGGGGUUGCCCCAAGUCAUGACAGCGACACCCUUUUUGUGGGCAACAUAUGCAAGACAUGGACUAAAGAACACUUGAAAGAGAAACUAAAGAGUUACGGAGUUGACAAUUUUGAGGAUUUGACUUUGGUUGAGGAUGGCAACAAGGAAGGGACAAAUCGUGGAUUUGCUUUCUUAGAAUUUUCAUCCCGCUCAGAAGCGAUGCAUGCUUAUAGGCGACUACAGAAAAGGGAUGUAGUUCUUGGCUUAGAUAGAUCUGCGAAAGUUUCAUUUGCAGAUUCUUAUCAUGAGCCUGAUGAUGAAAUCAUGGCGCAGGUCAGAACUGUCUUUAUUGAUGGUUUGUCUGCUGGAUGGGAUGAAAAUCGUGUCAGCGGAUACCUUAAGAAAUAUGGAGCUAUCGAAAAGAUUGAACUUGCUCGUAACAUGCCUGCUGCGAAAAGAAAGGAUUUUGGAUUUGUUACUUUUGAUUCCCAUGAUAAUGCUGUAGAAUGCGCGGACAGUAUUAACAAUACUGAGCUUGGUGAAGGUGACAACAAGGUAAAAGUUAGGGCUAGGUUGUCUAGACCGCACCAGAAAGGUAGAGGGAAACGUAGUCUACGAGGUAAUUAUAGGAUUGGCCUAGGGCCUCCUCGAGUCAGCCGCUUAUCUUAUGGUCGUCCUCCACCCCGUAGGGCCCCACCUCCACGACUUUCAAGACCUCUCAGUGCUCGUGGUGCACCAAUUGGGGCCCGUGGAUUCAAGAGACCAAUAAGUAUUAGAGAUAGGCGGCCUGUUUUGGCUGUGACAGAGAGACCAAGGCGUUUGCCUCCUCCAGAGAGGACCUACGAGAGAAGACCACCAGUUCCUGCUUAUCCCAAGGUCAGUUCGAGGAGAGAUUAUGGUAGGCAAGUUGAGCUGCCUCCUGCCAGAAGCAGAGCUGCUGCUGUAGAGUACAGUUCCAGAGAUCCAAUAGCGAGGCGUUCGUCUUAUAGGGAUGAAUAUUCAUCUCGAGGAUCAGGCUACUCCGAUAUACCACCUUCUCGUAGUGCUUCUCGUACUUCAAGCAGGCAUGCAUACCCCGAUGAUGGCUAUGGAAGGAAGCUUGAUCGCCCUCUGCCAACCUACAGGGAAGGGCGCGGCAGAGAGUAUGAUUCAAUUUCCGGAUCAAAACGCCCAUAUGCAGAAAUAGAUGACGCCCCUCCUCGGUAUUCUGAUGUGAGCAUCCGCCAUUCGAGGGCCCGUGUAGACUAUGGUGUUAGUAGCAGCCGUUCUCAUUAUGCUGAUCCUUAUGGGGACAGGCUUGGACGGUCUCAUGUGGGAUAUAGCAGCAGCCGUUCUUCUAUAUCUGGUCAGGAUGGGAUGUACAGCAGUCGUCAUGGCAUGAAUUAUUCCGGAGGUUCUGUUAGCGGCAGUGAUGUUGGUGGAAUGUACUCAUCCAAUUAUGGCAAUAGUUAUGUGGCCCGUGGAUCUGAUGUUGGUGGUAGCUCUUACUUAGGUGGCUAUUCCAGUCGUAGCUUAGGCAGCAGUGGGUACUUAGGUGGUAGUGGUUCUGGUUCCUAUUACUAAGGCAUAGUUCCUCCUGGUGAAGCCCUUUCUUGUUUUUCUAUAUCUGGCCUGCAUGAUGCGUAUGGCCCUUGUGAUCACAUAUGGAUUUCCUUCUAUGACACAGAUUAUUCAAUGAAAGAAGGGUUGGUGUAGGCUGUGGAUAUUUUGAAGCUCCCAGUUAUGAUGCCUACACAUUUGGAAAGAGGGCCUGAAUUUCAAAGAGAGAAACCUUAUGAUGUUUAGACGUGAAGUAAAGGAUCAUAAGGUCUGGUAAAGGCAAUUGUUGCAUAUGGAUUUUCAGCCUUUUUAAUUUUAUGUAAAGGAGUUUGACUUAUUAGAUCUGCGUGGAGAACAUCAGGAAGUUAUGGUGUACUAUGUACUGAUAACAUACUUUCCCUAUUACCCCAAGACAUCUAUGGGUGGAUAUUGAAGUAUUUUGGCAUUAAGAUUUUUAUGAGCAUCUUAUUGAUAUAAGAGGGUGCGGUUGAAGGCUUGCAAGGCUAAAUUUUGGAUCAAAGCUCGGUUUUAAGAACCUUGCACAUUGCGGCUGGUAAUUCUUUCCAUUUGUGCACAGUAGUUGUGAGCAUUGGCGCAUGCUGAUUAAAUUAAAGUGGAGAGGUUUCUCAUGGGAUUUGACAUUGGAAUUGUCACUUCCUGUAUACUGCCUUUAUGAUUAUCCUAGUAAGUAUUGCUCAUAAAAAAAAAACAUAACCUUUUGUGUUAUCUUAAGUUCUUGCCUUCAUAAGUUGGUUCUUGGUAUACUUCAGCAAAUUCUCUUUGACAUUCUUUGAAAACUUUGAAAAUCUCAACAUUAGUGGAAGCCAAAAAAUAUUGGUGCUCAUUGAGCUGUAACAAAAUUAAUUAAUUAUGAAAUAUCAGAGAAAGGAUUUUAAAAGAUAACAAUUGGUCUUUAUGUCAUUAUGCUAAUAUGUUGUAUGGACAUGGAUUUGAGAUAUGAAUACAAGAAGAUACAGGCCUUACACAUAUGACAAAAUCUUCAAAAAGAAGGAUAUGAGAGAUGUAGGAUACAGGAAUGUGUUUUCUUAUGCACAUGUUUCAUGCAGAAGAUAUGCACAUGGAUUGUGAAUAUGGAGUUGGAAACUCAUGGAAACAGAGAUUGAAGUAUACAUGAAACAGCGCUUUCAUACAAAUGCAUGGGCACAUAGGUUAUGCUGAUAAAUGCAUGUUCAUGUUAGAAACUUUUAACUCUUUGUGCUUGUUUUUAUUUGAUUGGAAAAUUAACAUAGCAACCUAUGAUAGUAUGACUCAACUCAAGCAUCUACAAUGUCUUCUUUUGAUAUUUUAUAAUAAAAAACUGGACUUGUGUGAUGGACAUGGUGGCUUCAAUUUGGAAUAUCUUUGUGGAAUUCUCGUCAUUCAUGACUCGAGUAAAUCCCUUCUCUUAUCCAAGAUGCAUCUCAAAAGCUGAAAUCCAUGUUUUCAACCUUUAAGAGAAAUAGCAGAAUCAUAGAAGUAUCUGACACAUAUCUAUGAAAUAUUCAAUGAAUGUCGUAUCCAAUAUGGUAUAUUGGAUACCAAUACAGAUGCUCCUAGAGUAUCAAGGUCUUUGGGCAUCGUAGCUUGGCUAUUGUUGGCUACCAGUUGGAAGAAAAGUCUGGGCUGCGGUUCAUCAUUUACGUGUAUAUUGUUGGUUCUUGUCACAAAAUAGAAUUGUACGGAGUAUAUUGAUUUGAUCGCGAAUCUGACUGCUGACGUUGUCAAAUCAUUUGUACAAGAUUUGGAGAGCAAAUAUCAAGGGUUAUCAGUUGCCCAUCAGAAGGGCUUUAACUUUUGCAGCUCAUCAGUUCUACCUGUUAUAUAUGGGUUUCAAGACGAUAAAACCUGCGCUGUCAUGAACCAAAAUUGCUUGGAAAGUUCUGAUUGCAUAAACUUGGAUGAAAGCCAUUAGUGUUAUUGGGCUCAGUGGAAACAAAAUGCAACACUCGUAAGAUUAGCCUGCAAAAUUUUUUGUAGUAAUUUUUUUUAUUUUUUCUAUAUAAUUUUGGUAGAAAAGGUAGAUGGGUUUUUUUAGGAAGUUUUAGGAAGUGGUAGUGCAAUUUCCUUAACUAGGAUUUAGCAAUUGAUCCAUAUAUUUAGGUGCUGUUACUUGAUUUUCCUCAGAAGUUUGCAUUUUUAGCAGAAACCCUUAGCUUUAUGUUGUUUUUUAGAAAGUAUUCUCCAAAAUAUGAUGAUUUAUUCUUUCUGAACCAACUUGUUGCGGGAGGCAAUGUGUAGUGCUUUUUAAAAUCUAUCAUUUAAAAUCCAUCAUUUACUACAGAUUAUUUCGUCUAUAGAUUUUUGGUAGCUGCUGUAUUAUUACUCGGUUCUCAAGUUGUGUUCAUAUAAUUUCAACUUUCACUCAUUUUAUCGAGAACUUGUGCUACUCAUUGAUUCCAAAAUGAAAAUAUGUUUCAGUGUUUCCUGCUCUGUAUGCUGCUGCAAGAAAAUUAUUUUCUCCAUAUAUGCGCAUAUAUGAUGUUAUUAAGGCACAUAUUUCUCCUGCAUGGAACUGUACUUCUUCCUUUUAACCGAAUCUUUUCCUAUUCCUUCAAUUUUCAGUUCUCUCUUGCUCAGAGUUUUAGGUUAUGUUAAUUGUUUGUUUCUUCUUUUUGUUUUAAGUAAGAAUGCUAUUUCUGACUUUCCUCAUGUUUUAUUAUCCAGUUUUUAUAUCCUUGAUUAUGGACUGUUGAGACAAGAAAUUUGCAUAAACUAUUUUUUACAUUGAACUUGAUGCACCUAACUGUUGGGCUAGUGCUUGUAGGACUAUUCGUCUAUCUUUGCUAUUGCUACUAUUCUAUCCUGUGUCGUCUUGUUUCGAUCUCAUAUUAAUGUGCAUAUUUCUGUUCGGACCUUUCAUCCCCGUAUGUACCCUUCACGGUCAUUUUGCUGCUUGAAAAAAUUGGUUAUUAUUAAUUGUGACACCAUAGGUUCUGUUGUCAUUGCAACCUAAAAGUCUGAUUAGUCCAUCGCAGGACCCAAAUAAUCACAAUUUUUUUAAGAUAAUGCAUUCCAACGAGCAGGUGUUUUAUCAUAGUCUGUUGUUGGCCUAAUGGUGUCUUCUUCCUUUCUUUGGUAGACACUUACUAAGGCGUUGUUUGAACUUCUUUGUGUCAUUAAGAAAAUAUUUUCUUAAUGCAAUCGUCGUAUCUUUUGCUAUUUUCUUUGCAAUUUUGACUUGGGACUAGUGUCAUGCUUGCAAUCAUUAAAAUGUGCAUACUGAUUUUUGUUUGUUAGCUAUAUGUGCAAGAUACGGAGCCAUGAAAACUAUAGAUCUUGUCGUUGAUGUCGGUCACAUCCUUAGGGACUGGAGUAAGGAUGAGCUUAAUCUUGUCAAAAUUCGAUACAUGUUAUUGUGAACUAUGCUGAAAUUUAGUUAACCUUUGUGAUAAAACUUUAUCCAAAUUAGUUUAGUGGUUGUUAAAUAAAUUUACUUUAUGGCA